GGAAGCGUUGCCGUGCGGCGUGAUCUCUGCGCUGCGUGGAUGGAGGAAGCAGCUGCUGAUCUUUGACACAGCGCGAGCGAAAGGCUACUGCAUGAAAGCACGGGAGUUUUUGUCGUCGGACGCGACAGUAGAAUGCACGAAUACCCUCCUGGUUUGAUGGGUCCGAUAAUCGGGAUGUCUCCAGAUAAGAAAGCUGAAUCCCUUGGAGCGCAGGGCGUGUGUGGAGCAGGGACUCUUCCUGAAGCAGAGAGUGCUUCCAGUCCCAUGGCUACUAGUCUGGACCAGAUCGCUCGAGCGCUGAGUGUCAUAGGAGGUGAGUCUGAAGACGAUGAGCUAACCAACCUGAACUGGCUUCAUGAGAACUUGCUGCAGAACUUCACUCUCGGAGGACCCGAGGCACAACCCAACAACAGCCCACUAUUCGACAUCGAGGGUGGUGGUGGGUCACCACACAGUAACACCACCUCAUCCAUCUCAGCGGCAAGUGCAGGAAGUGAUAGAGAUCCACACAAGUCAAAGCCUCCAUUCUCUUUCUCCUUACUGAUAUAUAUGGCAAUUGAGCAGUCACCCAGCAAAUCUCUCCCUGUGAAGGACAUCUAUGGCUGGAUCCUCAAGUAUUUUCCUUAUUUCUCCAGUGCCCCCACUGGCUGGAAGAACUCUGUGCGUCACAACCUCUCCCUAAACAAGUGCUUCCGCAAAGUAGAGCGAAGCAUAGGAAAGACCAAUGGGAAAGGCUCUCUGUGGUGCGUUCAUCCUGAGUUCCGGCCCAUGCUGAUGCAAGCCCUGAAGAAGCAGCACUUCCCGAAAGCACAUGCCUUCUGCACCCCUCCUGCCUCCCCUUCCAGUGCCUCAUCUCCUCCUCAUCACCUCUUCACAUCAGAGCAGGGCUGUGCCCUUAAAGAAUGUGAUUUUGAUGCUGCCACUGCCAUGAUGCUGUUAAAAUCUGCCUCUGAGCAGAACAUUGACUCAUAUGACCAAGAGGGUCCCAUAGAUCUUUCCAGAAGGGACUUGGUGGUUGUGAGUCGGGAUCCAAAGCAGGAUCACACCUACAGCAGCACCCCUGCCCCGCCCAGCCCUCACCAGAUGAUUCCUUCACAACCAGUCAACUUCAGCCUGGGUUUGCACCAUGAGCAGGAGAGAGGAGGUCGGGACCGAUGGCAGCGCAGCCAGCCGCAGGGCCCGUUAUCAGGGAAGAGGUGCAGGAGAGAUUCACGACCCGAGGUGGAUGAGGAGCUAAAGGAGGCGGCUGGCUCGCUUCUACACUUGGCUGGUAUUCGCACCAGUCUAGUUGCCGCAAGACGCAAGAGCAGGAAAAUUAGUAGGAAAUGAGACUGUCUAACCUGGCCCUAAUUCUUGACUCCAUCCUGUGGCCUACCCAACCUCUCUUCUGGUUUGGUGUAACUUUCUUCUCGUUUGUCAUUGUUGAGGUGCUUUCUUUCCUUUUGUUUUUAAACUGGGAGUAUGUCCUGUCCACUCAUCAAAUAUGGCAAUAGGAGAGAAAAGCCAUACUGACAUGUUUUAUUGUACAGAAAAGAAAAAAAGAUUUGAAUGAACAGCCCACAUCAUUUGAGUUUAUCAGGACGAGGGUUUGAAGAUGUUAAUCACUUAAAAAAAGACUGGAAAAUGUGCAUGCUUCCACCUCUAAAUCAACACAAACUCAUUUAUAGAAUGAAUGAAUGCAUGGAUUUUACAAGCUCCCAAGACGUCUCGGAGUUCUUCAUCAUAUAGGGGAAAAAGAAAAGCUUAAAAAAUGAAGAGAAAUUUGAAAGUGCCAUUGAUUUUGGAUCAUAAGACUUUGGUUCAUAAUAUGACAAAGAAAAACGCAAUAAUUAGUUGACCUAAAAAUCUGUAGUUAUUUUUAUUUUUGUACUGCUGGUUUAUAUCCUGUGCAGUGGUGAUGGCAUGCCCCUGGGAGCCUUUUGCUACCGCAGUUAUGAUGUCAAACUCAUGUGACUCCUCCCGUGAAUCCUUAUUGGAAGUUUUGUAUUCCCAACCUGACCACUGUAACUAUUCUGCCGUAGAAAAGCCUGGAGAACAGCUUGAAAGAAACCGCUUUUUGUGGCAUGCACAUCCACCUCAGUGUUUCUGCAGUGCUUCUACUUAUCUGCAUAGUCAGGUGUUGUGCCAUUCCAUGUGCACUGACUUGAUAAACGGGAUAGUUCACCCAAAAAUGAAAAUUAUUUUAUCAUUUACUCACCCACAUGUUGUUCUAAAGCUGUAUGAUUUUCUUUCUUUAGAAUAUUAGCCUCACCAUUCACUUAAAGGGAUAGUUCAACCAAAAAUGAAAAUUCUCUCAUGAUUUACUCACCCUCCUGGCAUACCAGAUGUGUAUAACUUUCUUCUGCAGAACAGAAAUUAAGAUUUUUAAAAGAAUAUUUCAGCUCUAUAAGUCAGCCACUCACAAUGGAAGUGAAUGGGUGCCAACAUUUUGAAGCUCAAAAAUCCACAUAAAGAGAGCAUAAAAGUAAUACAAACAACUCCAGUGGUUUAAUCCUUGUGUUUAAACACGAGAUUAAAGGUGUGAGUGAGAAACAGAUCAAUGUUUAAGUCAUUUUUAUCAUAAAUUCUCCUCUCUGCCCAGUAGGGGGCGAUAUGCAAGACUGUGAAUCACCAAAAACAGAAGAAGAAAAAUGGAAGCGUGAAACUGAAAUGGAGACUGGCUGAGCAGGGAGGAGAAUUUAAAAAAAGGACUUAAAUACUGAUCCGUUUCUCACCCACACCUAUCAUAUCAAUUUAGAAGACAUUGAUUUAACCACUGGAGUCAUCUGGAGUACUUUUAUGUUGCCCUUGGAUUUUGGAGCUUCAAAAUGUAGGCACCCAUUCACUUGCAUUGUAUACAGAGCUGAGAUAUGAAAAGAUAAGAUGAAAGAAAGUCAUAUACAUCUGGGAUGGCAUGAGGGUGAGAAAAUGAUGAGAGAAUUUUCAUUUUUGGGUGAACUAUUCCUUUCAAUAAGGCUUCAAAAUUCACUAUUCCUUUGUUUUUUUUGUUUUUUUUAACAUACCUUGAAAGUGAAAUGUGACUGAGGCUAACAUUCUGCCAAAUGCACUCUGCUUUUGUUUUCCGUGGAAGAAAGUCAUGCAGAUUUUAAACAACAUAAGUGCGAGUAAAUGAUGACAGUAAAUGGGUGAGUACAUAAAAGGACCUCUUUACCUCUACUGCAAGAUAUAUGAACCCUGUUUUGUUGCCAUAAGGGUCACCUUUACCCAAAUCAGGGCUGCGUUUCCCCAAAACAUUGUAAGCCUAAGUAGAUCGUAGACACCAUUGGCACCAAUGGUGUCUACGAUCAACUUAAACUUGCAAUGCUGUUGGGUAACGCAGCCCAGGCCAUUGUCUUGUUGUUCUUGGUUCAACCUGUGUGGCUAUUCUCCCCAGUAUGGUGAGCUAAGUGGUACACCACUUCCCACUGCCGCUUUUGCUUCUCCAGACCUCCAGAGAGUUCCCAGGGCUUGAGAGGAAACCAGAGACAAUGAACUGCACAAAAAAAACCAACAAGCCUACAAGGAGAGAGAAAAACUUUUUGCUUAAAAGAUGCAGCUCGCUGAUUGGGGCUGAUUAUGGGAGAAAGUGAUCAGAACAGAACUAAAGGAAGUGAAGCUGGUGUGAGUGAAAAUGUAUAUCUGAGUAACUUUUCUCAAGGAUCUUAAAAGUGAUGGGAGAAUCAACUGAAUUUUACAUGGGAAAUAGAAGCAUGUCUGGAUGUGAACUAAAAACUAUGAUACUAAGAACUCUCUGGACUCCCAGCCAUGUUUAACCUGUCCCGUUAUGGGUUUUUGUUCCCUUUGAGAUUGCCAAAAUUGCUGCUCACAAAACUUGUCUGGCUGUGUGUACUCUGUGAACCUGAAUCUUCAGUUUGAUUGUGUUUGAUUGGGUUUUUAAGUGUUUGAGGCUACAUUAUGAUUUUAGAUACCCAAGCAUGUGAAAUUGUGAAAUAUAACUGCCAUUUGGCCUUCACACUGGCAUACUAGAACUUCCUGUGUUCUUUGAGUUGAUCACUUUAAAGCUGCCUAUCCUCGUGAAGCUCUUUCCCUGUCACUUUAACCAUGGCUGCCAAUUCACAACCCCUCCCCCCAGCUGUACAUAGUGCUAAAACAGAAUGCAAGUAUUAAUGCAGGGAGGGGGACCAAGCUGUAGUUUUAGAAAUUGAGGCCAAUUCUGAAAACAGCUGCCUAUUAAUUAUUAUUGUUAUUAUUGUUAAGAUAUGGCCCACUGAGUUGCCACUUCCCCAUCAAUUUUCUCUUGUUCGUGUGCCAUGUAUGUGUGGCAGACGGAACCUGAUUUUUGAUUUUGUAAGCUAACCGCUGUUAAUACAAUGUUUAUAAAGUUUAUUUUUGCCAAAGAUAUGCAAUUCUUGCAUUAUAUAUGGUAUUAAAGAAUAAAAGAGUUCUUUCUUUUAC